CUUACUACAACCAAAAUCUCAGUGGUAGUGAUAUUAUGGCUCUUACUUUAGGAACUACAUUUUCUCAUAUACUCAUAUUUAUAGGUUCACUCUUAAUAUUCCUAGUAACCCCUUCAUCUUGUUUUAAGCCCAAAACACUUUUUAGUGUUUCUUCAAACUUCACAACUGAUUCAGGUUAUUCAUCUACAAUGGCUACUUGGUAUGGACCUCCCGAAGGUGAUGGGAGUGAAGGUGGUGCUUGUGGAUACCAAAAUGAUGUUGGUCUUCCUCCUUUCAACUCAAUGAUAUCAGCAGCAAACCCCUCCAUCUAUCAAUCAGGCAAAGGUUGUGGUUCAUGUUAUCAGGUGAAGUGCACUGAAAAUCCGGCUUGCUCGGGAAACCCUAUUACUAUAGUUAUCACUGAUGAGUGUCCUGGUUGUGAUCAUUAUUUUGAUUUGAGUGGAAAAGCUUUCGGUUCCAUGGCAAUUUCAGGUCAAGCUGACAAUCUACGCAAUGCUGGAAAAAUACAAGUCGAAUAUCAAAGAGUUACAUGCAAUUACCCUGGUGUGCCGAUAGCUUUCCAUGUUGACUUUGGAUCUAACCAAGACUAUUUUGCAACUGUUAUUGAAUACGAGAAUGGGGAUGGUGAUCUCAAAACAGUUGAAAUCAAAGAAGAAAAUUCGGAAACUUGGGAAGCUAUGCAACAAUCAUGGGGUGCUGUUUGGAAAUUUAAUAAAGGGGCACAAUUAAAUGAACCAUUUUCUAUUAGGCUAACAACAAUUGAGUCUGGAAAAAUGUUUGUGGCUAAUAAUGUGAUUCCUGUAGGUUGGAAGCCAGGUCAAACUUACCGAGCAAUUGGAAAUAUUAAUUAAACCUAAAAGGUCUAUAUAUUUGGAUUAGGACUAUGUAUCAAACUCAAUGAAGUCCUUUUAAAGUGGAUUUUGGAUUGUAAUAUGUAAUCAAUUAAUAAUAAAAUUGUACAAUUAUUUAUAAUA